GCAAUCUUGAUGAAAGAAAGCUCAUAAAUAAAACCUUACAUGCAUUUUAUCCCCAGACUCGCCCUGAAGACAAAUAUAGUUCUCAGUUCCCUAAUUUGGGGGAUCAGAAUUUGUAUGGCAUCAUAAAAGUAGCACACAAGAAGCAGAGUAGGAUCUACUUUUAUGAUGACGACCUCUCCAGUUCCGUGAUCAAUUCUGUGAUGAUUAUACCAGACGAUCAAGAAACGGUGGUGUUAAAAGACGGAACAACAUUUUUGAAAAACACUGCCCUCAUUCCGAAAAACCAAGCUCCUACUAUCAAGAACGACGAGACUGUUCUUGCCACAAGUGAUGAAGCUUUACCCGGCCCUAGCUCAGUGGAGUCACCUUUCGAGUUCGAUGGAACUAAAAGGUUAAAGAUUCACAACAUGAGUAAGAGUGGGAAACGACGUAAAGUAGUGGAAAAGGAGGAUGUUUUUAUCCUGAAAGGAGUAAGAAAUUCGAGCGAAACUGAGGUGAUAGUACCACAGGCGUUCGACAUGAACUGGAGAGAUGAAGAAGGAGACCAUGACAUUGAGAUUAUAGACAGUGCAGUAUGUGACCAAACCUCGGAAGCCGCUGAAGUUCGGGACCUACAACUUGGUAACAGUGGUCAGAACGACAAUGACGAGAGCGAGGACGAUUUCGAAGAGAUUGUAACCAGAGCAGAUAUCGAGGGUUCUUCCUCAGAAGAGGACGAGUCUUACGAUAUUGCCGUGAGAAAGGAACUAAAAUAUGGCCUUCCUCUACGGAAAAGGAAAGUGUGCAACCUGGCUGCUGCUCUGGACACAGUAAACUAUACUGUUCAGCCAGUACCAAUCACUGAGAAAGUUGUCAAGGGAAUCUUGAAUUCAAAAAAACCCCGCUGAUGACUUAACAUUUACCUCAAAGGUUCCAACAGCUGAAACGAAGAAAAACAAGAAGGCGGACAUAAUGACAGUCAAACCUGGUCUUACUGCGAGAACGAAAAUCCUCAAAACGCCACGUCAAGCUUUUGAUUAUUUUUUGACUCAAAGUUUGAAGGAUGAUGUUAUCAGGUCAACUAAUGAAAGGAUAGAGCUUUAUCAGGAAAAAAGGAUUCGUAAUGGGAAAGCUCUACGAUCCGAACAUUGCCUGAUAUUAGACUCAAAAGAAUUCGAUGCUUUUGUUGGAAUCCAAGUUUACAGGGGAAUGAUGGGACAAUCGUUUACCACGCUGGAUAGAGUAUUCUCAACACAUGGAAUACCGGCCAUCUACUGUACUAUGUCGAGGGAUCGAUUUAAGUUUCUGUUGAAAAACCUUAACUUCGACGAAGCACCAGACAGAAAGAGUAGAGAACAUCGCCGCAAAAAAGAUAGGAUGGCAGCGAUGCGAGAUGUCUUUGAAGCGAUCAACAGAAGAUGGGCUUCUGGUCUUAUGCCAUCUGAGUACGUGACGAUAGACGAAACACUAUACUCCUCCAGAAAUAGGGCCCCGUUUAUUGUGUACAACAAAUCCAAGCCAGCCAAGUAUGGUUUGAAUUUUAAGUCACUAAACAGCGUGGCGUUUACCUACACUCAUCGUUUCCACCUGUACGCUUCCAAGCCAGAAGACAUAGAGAACGCAACUGAGCACUACCUGACAGAGACGAGUGCAUAUGUUAUUUACCUUCUUGAUCAUCUGAUAGAAGAGAGCAAUACCCCAGCUAUAAUCAAGGGUCGCAAUCUGACUUGCGACAGACUGUAUACGGACGCUAUUUUGGUGAAAGAGCUUCUGUCUAACUAUCAGUUGACCUUUUUGGGAACUUGGCAGAACUCUAGAUAAGGAUUUCCGAAGGAGCUCAAAGACUUUUCAACAAGAGAUGCUCCUUCGACUGAAAUUUUCUAUGAGAAGGAUGGACCUCUCAGGAUUGUUUCCUACGUUUCGAGAGGAAAGAAGAAGAGAGGCCAACCUACCAAAUACAAUAAGUCCAAGUUGACAACCUUUCUGACAACUCUAGAACCCUUCCACGGAGUAACAGAAGACGAUAACAAAGAGAAGCCGCAGAUCGGAAAGCUGUACGACCUCACUAAGUACGGAACUGAUUUGAUGGAUCAGAGGAUAGGUGGAUACAGUACCAAGGCCAAAUCAAACAAGUGGAAGCACUGUGUCUGGUACUAUAUACUGGACACAACACGAGUAAACAGCCACACUGUCGUGCAGCUCAGCAAUCCAUCUGAGUGGGGUAAAACGAUGUACGCUGACUAGCCUUCAGGUGGAAAAAGUCAUCCUUUGACUUUGGGUUAGAUUUAGGGUUAUCCCUGAUGAAACCAUGGCUUAACGAAAAGCCCAUCAUUGGACUGAGAGCGCAUGUCCUUACAGCAGCCUUCAAUAUAACGGGGAAUACUAAAUUUCGGAGGACAGCCGAAGUCCCCAACGCCAACAACAUGAUUAGUUUCCCCAAGAAGGUUGAAAACAAGAGGCAGUGUCGUGACUGCCUCUUGAACUGUAAGGGCAAAGACUAUAAACAAAAUAGCAAAAAGGUUUCAGCUGUUUAUAGCAUGUGUGAACUGUGUGGUGAGAGGAUUUGCCAUAAACAUCACAUGGUGCAGAUGUGCAUCUCCUCUUGCUUUAUGAAACUUGCUAAUGAAUCACGAUCCUAGUUGUGCAAUCAGUCUCAAAUCUUCAACUCGCGAUUUAGGGUCUUUUGAAUUUAUCCAUGUUUAACAAUCAAGUUUUCUUUGCAAAAACCGACAGAAAUGGGCUACAAUUAUUACAAAAGUUCGGCAAAUAAAUCCAUGUAUUGACACAACCAGGGUUGCGAAAUAUGUUUAUUAGUUUAUUAUUUAUUUUAUCAUUGAGAUUCUUUGAAAUUAUGAUCGCUUGUUUUUGUAGCAUAUAAUGUUGUUUUGUUUCUUAUCAAGUUAUCAGUCGAAAUUAACACAGUUAUAAAUAUCGUGUGCACGAUCCAUUAUUGCUGCAUAUUUCUAAAUUUCAAACUAUGAUGAAAUGAGCCGAUUAUAAAAUAAUAGGACGGAAUUGUUGCCGUUGAUUUAGCCUGUGGCAUAUUCACAACAUUUAUUUACUAAGAUACCAGG